AUGAACGAUACAAAUAAACCAGCAAGUAUGGUGGAGGUGCAGCAGGCUCUGCUGCGCCAUCUGAUCGAAGCUCAGAAAGUUAAGGAUGUGUCGCAGCAGUUCUCUGUAUUGGACAGCAACCACGAGCGCGUAAAUUUUGUGCUUGAAUUGGUCGAACAGUAUCAGCUGUUCCCGCAAUUUGUUGCGGAUGAAAAAAAUGAAGAAGCUUCUAAUAAGUUGAGGCAAAAGGGGAAUGAAAUGUAUAAGUUGCAUUUUUAUAAGCAAGCUAUUGAAUUUUAUACGCAAAGUAUCGCAAUGGCAGAAGAGAAGACUGAAGCGUUUGCUGUAGCAUUGGCCAACAGAUCUGCAGUCUUGUUUGAAAUUAAAUUAUAUGCAGAAUGUAUACAGGAUAUAAAUAUAGCAUUGGAAAACGGAUAUCCGGAGAACUUGAAGUCAAAAAUUCUUCAAAGAAAAGAAAAGGCUGAGAGCCUCAAGGAAACACAAAGGACACGUCAAUAUUACGAAAACGUACCUGUCAUUGAAUUAUCUGCCAAAAAUGCUAACAUUUCUUGUGCAUCUGAUGCUAUUGAAAUAAAAUUUACACCUGAGUUGGGCAGACACAUUGUAGCCAAACGUGAUGUAUUCCCAGGAGAAGUGUUGGCGGUAGAAACACCUUUUUGUCAAGUAUUGUUGGACGAAAAAUGGAUACAUUGCCAUCACUGCUUUCAAAUAUGCUACAAUUUAUUGCCUUGCAAGAUAUGUACCACCGCCUUGUUUUGCAGUAAAGUUUGCGAAGAAGCUGCGGAAGUAUACCACCGAUAUGAAUGCCCAAUUUCAGCCAUGAAGAAUACCUUGCAAUUAGACAAAUUAAAGUUAAUAGCCCUACGCAUUGCUUUACAAGCAAAAAGUGAAUUUCACAACAUUUGGAAUGAAACAGAAGAAAAUGGACAAGUUUACAUGUCUAACAGAUACAAAGAAAUCCACGAGUUAGUCGGAAACACGAAACAAAGAUCUGUAUCAGACCUUUUUGAAAGAUCCUUAACAGCAUCACUCUUAUUUCAUUUAAUUCACAACCACACUGAUUUUUUUAAAGAUUGUGAUUCUGAUAUCAGUCAAACAUCUUUCAAGGAAAUCAUUUUAAAAAAUUUGCAAAUUGGGCCUUGCAAUUUUCAUGAGAUUUCUGAACUUGCUUCAAACGAAGAGGGCACUUACUUACCUCAAGAAAUAGGAACUGGAUGCUAUUCAUUUAUGAGCAUGUUUAAUCACUCAUGUAGUCCCAAUGUUUCGAGGAAUUGCUAUGGCACUACAAUAGUUUUGAGGUGCUUGGAGAGUAUCAAAGAGGGAGAACAAUGUUUUGAUAAUUACGGGUAUCACUAUGCACUUAUGACUAAACCAGAGCGUCUACAGCAUUUAAAGAACCAAUAUUUCUUCGACUGUAAUUGUUUAGCUUGUGAAGAAAACUGGCCUCUGUACCAAGAUCUUUCACUAGUAAAAGAAGGAGUGUACAUUCCCUCUACUGAUUUGGAGGAUCUACAAUUUGGCAACCGGGUCACCGCAAAGAAAGUUAUAAAGGCACACCUGUCCAAAUUGGAGGAGGUUGAAAAGUUUAAGCCCAGCAAAAAUUUGGCAGAAUUACAGGAAGUCAUUAAACAAUGUUACGCACUUAUGGCUAAUGUUCGUGGAACUGUUUAAUUUUGUAUUUAUGUAUUUAUGUGUGUAAAGUUAUAAUAAAUCAAUGUGUAAAAAUUAA